AUGGGGCGCUGCUGCUGCUGUGGAGAGGGGGAUGGAGAGGGGGCUCCGUCCGGUGACAUCUUUGUGCUGCUGGCACGGCACAUGCGUCGUGCAGCCCGAGCAGGGGCGGCGUCAGCCCCGAGCCAGCCCGCUUGUCCACAGACGCGACUGGUUCGCUUUGCACGUUCCGCGGCGGGCCGCGAAUUGCUCGUCACCUGUGUACGGCGCACACACGCCUUGGCGCCCUGGACAAGACCAGAACCUCUGACCGAACCGGCUGCUGCAAUAGAGCGCGCGUGCUCGGAGCGCAGCGAACACAAUGGGGUGCUCGAGGCUUUGCUGGGCGCCCUGCUGCUCCUGCGCCAGCCCAGCGACGCGCGCCUCAUCCUCGACAAUUUUCGACAACUUCAGCCAGGAGCACUUCAGGAUGGACCCCUGGUUAAAGUUGCUGCCCGUGCGUUGCUGGCAGACGCCGCCCUGACCCAGCGGGCAGCUCUCCUUGCUGAUCCGCCCGCCACGCCCGUCUCGGCUCGCCAGGCCAUCUCGUACACCCCCGUGACCGAGGUGGAGGCCGAACACCUGACCGUGUCUGAGUUUCAGGCUCGUUUUGUGCGACCACGGCGCCCGGUUGUCAUCCGGCGUGGGGCGUAUGCAAUGUCCGCUUCCCUCCUCUCCUUGGACACGAUCCGAGAGUUGGCCGGUGAAUCGCGGGUUCAACUGCGCCGACCCAUGGCCGACAGCGUCAACUGGGCUAGGCUCGAAGAUGCUCAGCACACCACCGUGUCCGACUUUCUUGAGCGCCUCGCUACUCACCAGGCAGAGGAUCUCUACCUGUUUGACUGGUCAUUACCUGUGCACUGCCCCGAUUUGGCUGCUCGCCUACAAAUGCCCAAAUGGGUCGACAACGACUAUCUGACUCAACAGCCAGCCGGGCAGCGAUAUCAAGCAGCUUGGCCCAGCUUAUUCAUUGGCCCCAAACACGUCAGCAGCGCGUGGCAUGUGGACGUCUUUGGCACACACUUUUAUAUGGCCAUGAUGUCGGGCGAGAAGGAAUGGAUUUUUCUACCACCCGCUCAGCUCCCCCUGCUCUAUCCAGACUACAGCGCCUCAGCUGAACCCAUCUUUGAGGUAGUAUCCAUGCCGCAAGCUCCCGUUUCCUGCGCUUGCACUUGCGUGUUUCACUCCUCCGCGACCAAUCUUUUCGUCAUGCCUUCUUUCGUAACCUGCUGGCAGGCUGAUGUUCGUCGCCCCGAUGAGCCAGAGACCCCUGCCGUGCAAUAUGCAACACCUAUGCGCUGUGUCCUGCGUGCCGGUGAUCUCCUCUUUGUUCCGGGUGGAAGUCCACAUACCGUCACCAACUUGACCGAUACCAUUGCGGUCCGUCGGCUGGUUUGCUUAAUCCCUUGA